UACAGAAGAUAUUUCCAACGACCAAUAAAAAAAAAAGUCUCCUCACGGAAAAUCAAAAAAAGCCUUUCGUGAACCCAAAAAUGUCACGUCUCCCGAUCCUAAUCGCUGCCUUCCUCUUCCUCCACCUCGUCGCCACCACCGCCGCCGAAUCAGACUCUCCGACGGCGUACUCUCUCCUCCAAAGCUACAACUUCCCCGUCGGAAUCCUCCCAAAAGGAGUCGUCGCUUACGAUCUCGACACGUCGACAGGCAAAUUCCACGCCUACUUCAACGGCUCCUGCAGCUUCUCCCUCGUGGGUUCUUACCAAUUGAACUACAAAUCGACGAUCAGCGGCUACAUCUCCGAGAACAAGCUCACGAAGCUGAGUGGUAUCAAGGUGAAAGUUCUCUUCUUGUGGCUCAACAUCGUCGAGGUUGUUAGGAAAGGAGAGGAGAUGGCGUUUUCCGUUGGGAUCACGUCGGCGAAUUUCGAGAUCGAGGAGUUUUUGGAGUCUCCUCAGUGUGGGUGUGGGUUUGAGUGUGAGGAUUUGAGUUCCGACAAGUUUGUUAGAAGCUUCCCUUUUGUCUCUUCCUCAUGAAAAUUGUCUUUGAUGAGUGUGAUCUUCUGAGAAGAUUGAAUCUUUAGCUGUCUGAAUAAUGAUAUGUUCUUGUCAUUUGGAUGAGGAAUCCUAUCAAGAUUAUGUUAUUGUUUCAAUCAAUCUGGUUAUGUUAGAAUCUAUCAAGUUUAUGUUAUUG